AUAAGCGAAAUGUGCUACUGCAGUAUACGUUGCUGUUUCUUUUACAGCCUGAUAUUUUUCUCUUUAGUUUACUACUACAACGAUGUGGUAGUCGACUAUCUGAUCUACGAGGAGCACCACCUUGUGGACAGAUACUUUGUGAACACCCAGGGCUGUCGCAUGCUGACCAUGGUUCCCAAUGAACGGGACGUUCUGUUCCUGUGGCGAGGCCUUCGCAAGGACUUUUGCACCAGCGAACUGGACCUGACGUCCUUCAGCAGCUGUGACUACAACUACCUGAGGACGGAGGCGAGCAUGGAGUUCCUGAAGGCGAGGUACAGUUUCGAGAGUCUGGAGAGCUUCAAGUGCCAGUAUCAUGCGGUGGAGCGGAGCACCGAUUUCGACAAUCGCUACUUGUACAGCCGGGAAUUUCCCCUGCUGACGGAUGGCAAUAAUACGAUUGAGCCCCAUGCGGAUAUCAUAAGGGCCGAGUGCUACUUAAACGCCACGAGGAUCUACAAUGGAGUUCAUUUUUACGUCCAUCCAGCCGACGAAUGGUUACGAAAUACAAGGGGACUCCCGCCUCUUAAGUUGUCCUCCCAUGCAGGCAGUUUGUCCGUUCUGAUCGUGGGUCUGGACUCCAUCUCCCAGAUGCACUUCUCCCGAAGCAUGGCUCGCACCGCCAACUUUCUGCUCUCCCUGCCGCACGUGGAACUCAAGGGAUUCAAUCGGCUGGGCAAUGACACCUUCGACAGUCUGAUGCCGCUGCUCAGCGGGUUGAGUGGCCAGGAGAUGAGGGACUUUGCCUCGAAUCUCAGCAGUCUGGACAGCUGCCCGUUUGUGUGGAAGGCUUUCCAGCAGGCCGGCUAUUUGACGGCUCUGGGCGAGGAUAACAUAGACAAGAGUAUGUUCGCCCAGGGAUUCGAGGAUCCGCCCACGGACUUUUAUCUCCGGCCUGCUCUGCUCGAGAUGUGGCUAAAGACGAGGACUGAUGGAUUACACCAGACCCACUGCAACGAGAGGGACAACUAUGCCAAGGUGCUCAGGGAGUUCCUGUUCAAGAUGAUCCCGCACCUCAAAACGCACCGUUUCUUCACGUUCCUCUGGUGGACGCAGGGCAUCGAUCACCUAUUCAACUACGGCCGGAAGUUGGACCAACCGUUGGUGAACAUGUUCAAGACCCUGGCCCAGAGUGGCCUGCUGAGGAAGACCCUGCUGCUGGUGGUCUCCAAUCACGGCCUGAACAGGGGCCGAUUCUACGGCACCGUGCAGGGCAAGGUGGAGGAGAGCCAGCCGCUGGCCAUCCUCUGCUACCCCAGGUGGCUGGAGGAGCGGUAUCCCCAGGCGAUUGGCAACUUGAAGAUCAACAACCGUCGACUGGUCACGGCCUUUGAUCUACAUGCCACGCUGCUGGACCUGACCAAUCUCACGUCGCUGGAGGAUGAGCAACUGCGGCAGAGGAGUGCGGAUCUGUGGGCCAUGGCGGAGAGUCUUCCACGAGGCAUCAGCCUGUUCCUGCCCAUCCCGGAGCACAGAGACUGCUCCUCGGCCGACAUACCCGCGCACUUUUGCCUCUGUCAGCAGCACAGAAAUGUCUCCACCUCCGAUGGCUACGUUCUGCGGGCCGCCCGCCUUAUAAUCCGGAAUCUGAAUAGGAUCCUCCACACUCACACGCCACCCUGCCAAGUUCUCUACUUGGAUCGGGUGCUAAUUGCCGACAAGUGGCGUCGCAUGGCGGAUGAACACCAGUCGGAGUUCCGCGUGAGACUGCUGGCCACUCCGGGUGAGGGUCAGUUCGAGGGAGUUGUGAGGUUUACGGGCUAUAAGCUGGCCAUAGAUGGCCCUAUAAGGCGGGUUAACGGAUAUGGCAAUAACUCGCACUGCGUUCAGAACUACCUGAUUGAAAUGUAUUGCUUUUGUUAUUGA